AUGAAUUGUGGGCCAUCUUUUGUUACCGAGUGUAUUUUAACCAGAAGCUCGUCCAACGCUGCCAAGUUAUUGGAAGAGAAUCGACUCCAGGAUACGUUAUUGUUACUACCUACUGAUGGAGGGAUAGCAUCAAAACUAAAAAAAUCUAAGAAGAAACUCAGACUUCUGACAGAAUCACAAUCGAAACCAGCAGUAGACCGCGGAUACACGGCAAUCAAUAAAAAUUCCAAAACUGCAUUAAAAGAGUACAUUAACAAAAGUCGACUUGCUGCUCGACAAGCGCGUCGAAUUGCUAGCGAGCAAGCUCUAAAUACCAGAAACGCGCUAUUUGAACACUUGGAAAAAAAGCAUUCCGAGAUUUUUAAGUCAAUUCCCAGGUACGAUCGGUUCGUAGCCAUGCAUGAGGAACUUUGGGUGAAUUACGUGCGGGAGAUCUUGAACAUACCGGCCCAAGUACCGAAUGCUUCGAAAUUGAACAUCAAUGGUUCCAACGCACUUGUGAAAUUGUCCAUGGCUGAUUACAACGGGUGUCUCAUCACUGUAACCAAGAGUCGCAACGCAAACUUGCGAGGAAUAAGCGGGAUAGUGAUCUGGGAUUCCCAGAAAGACUUCAUAAUCAUAUGCAAAGGCGCGCUUAUUGACGAAAUCAAGUGCAUACCGAAAAAGGGUACGGUGUUCAGCUUUGAGGUUCCCGUGAACGACGAGGAAGCUCUUCAAUACACUAUUUUGGGCGACAGAUUCAAGUACAGAAGUAGUGACCGCGCCGGCCGUAAGUUCAAAAGUCGCCGUUGCGACGACAUGCUUUAUUACAUAGAAAAGUAA